GCCAGAAACAAGGAGACUGGAGUCUUAGCUGCUGCAAAGGUUAUUGAGACAAAGAGUGAAGAAGAGCUUGAAGAUUACAUGGUUGAAAUUGACAUUCUGGCUUCCUGUGACCAUGAAUACAUUGUUAAACUUCUGGAUGCUUUCUUUUAUGAGAACAAACUCUGGAUCAUGAUUGAGUUUUGUCCUGGAGGUGCAGUGGAUGCAAUAAUGUUGGAGUUGGAUCGUGGGCUGACUGAACCUCAGAUCCGUGUUGUUGGCCGUCAGAUGUUGGAAGCCAUUCUCUACCUUCAUGACCACAAAAUCAUCCAUCGCGACCUGAAAGCUGGCAAUAUUCUGCUCAUGCAGGAUGGUAGCAUUAAACUAGCGGAUUUUGGCGUUUCAGCAAAAAACACAAAAACUCUUCAAAAGAGGAAUUCUUUCAUUGGGACACCCUAUUGGAUGGCCCCAGAAGUCGUGAUGUGUGAAACUAUGAAAGAUACACCAUAUGAUUAUAAAUCUGAUAUCUGGUCCCUCGGUAUAACGUUAAUCGAAAUGGCUCAAAUAGAGCCACCUCACCACGAGUUAAACCCAAUGAGAGUGUUGCUGAAAAUUGCUAAGGGAGAGCCUCCGACGUUGGACAAUCCAUCAAAAUGGUCUAAAGAUUUUAAAGAUUUCCUCAAAAAAGCGCUGGAUAAGAAUCCAGAAACCCGUCUAAAUGCAAGUCAACUGUUAGAGCAUCCCUUUGUGAGCAGUGUUUCUGACAGUAAGCCCCUCAGGGAACUGGUAGCAGAGGCAAAAGCUGAAGUCAUGGAGGAAAUUGAAGACAACCGUGAGGAAGAUGAUGAAUCAGACCAUUUGUCACCCUCUUCAGGUCACACACGUGCUCUAUCUGAACUGAGCCAGAUAAGUCUGGAAGCAGAAAAGCUUCCUAAGACGCCAGAACCUUCAGAUGUCAAUGGAGUAAAGCCUGAAGUUGUGAAAGUUCAAGCUGAUAAAUCCAGUGACGAGGGCAUCUGCAGCAGUGACAGUGACAAGGCAGAGAGUGAGAACUCGGUGAAGAGCAGAAGUACAGACUCGGGAAUAGAAGAUGGGAAAGUCAGCCCGUGUGUGAAGGACAAAUCUGAAAAGGAUGUGCAGACAAACGAAAAAUCAAAUGACGCAACUACUUCUGUGCCAGAUUCUGAAGAGAUCAAACUACCAGCAAAGAGUUCCCCUCCACGGGAGCAAAGUUUGCCAGACGUUUGCGCUUCUGCUCAGAUUGAGGAUGCUGCUGAUCCAAAGAAUGGAGAAGUUUUGCUCAGGGGAAGUGAAACCAAAAUGGAUGAAAAUGUACCUCUGGGUUCAGAUUCUCUGACCGAAGCACUGGAUUCCACCGGUCAAAAAUCCAAACGGGAUUCUGAUUGGGGCAGCGUGUCUGCUUCCGACAGCAUUGACCUGAAUAUUUCACUUUCAGCGGACCUUUCAUUGAACAAGGAAACUGGUUCCAUUUCGAUACGGAAUGCCAAAGCGCACAACAAAACUCUGAAACGAACCAGGAAGUUUGUGGUCGAUGGGGUUGAAGUGAGCGUCACAACAUCGAAGAUUAUUGGCGACGAUGAAAAGAAAACUGAAGAAAUGCGAUUCCUAAGGCGACAGGAGCUGCGGGAGCUGAGAUUGCUACAAAAGGAGGAACAUCGAGCUCAGACUCAACUGACUGCCAAACUACAGCAGCAACAAGAACAAAUGCUUCGUCGAUUUGAGCAAGAGAUGAACGGAAAGAAAAAGUUCUUUGACACAGAGUUGGAAAACUUGGAGAGGCAACAGAAGCAGCUGAUUGAGAAGAUGGAACAGGACCACACAAGCCGUCUCCGUGACGAGGCCAAGAGAAUCAAAGCUGAGCAAGAAAAGGAAUAUGCCAAAUUCGUGGAGCAGCUGAAAAUUCAGAAGAAAGAGGUAAAGAGUGAGGUUGACAAACUUCCCAGACACCAACGCAGAGACAGCAUGAAACAAAAAAUGGGAGAAUUUUCACAGAAGAAGCAUGCACAGGAUCAAGAGUUUCAAUCCAAGCAGCACCUGGAACUGGAUUUGGCGUUGAAAAAAAUAAUUGCACAAAAUAAGAAGGAAAUUUCUGACCAGGAACGGGAAUGCCUUGCAAAAAAACAGCAGCUUAUGAGAGACAGAGAGGCUGCCAUCUGGGAGUUGGAGGAACAUCAUCUGCAGGAGAAACACCAGUUCCUCAAACAGCAGUUGAAGGACCAAUACUUUCUGCAAAGACACCAAUUGCUCAAGAAACACGAGAAGGAGUUGGAGCAGAUGCAGCGUUACAAUCAGCGAAUGAUCGAGCAACUGAAAGUCAGGCAGCAACAGGAAAAGAAUAGACUUCCCAAAAUUCAGAGGAGCGAGGGGAAGACCAGGAUGAUGAUGUACAAGAAGAGUCUGCGCAUUAACUCCACAGGCAGUCACACAGAGGAUCGAGACAAAAUAAAACAGUUUGGGCAACAAGAAGAGAAGAAGCAGAAAAUGGAAAAGCAGAAUCAGCAGCAGAAACAUGAAGCCCAAAUGAGAGACAUGCAACUCGAGUGUGAGAGCAACAUCCAGGAGCUUCAGCAGAUGCAGAAUGAAAAGUGCCAUCUUCUGAUUGAACACGAGACUCAGAAGCUAAAAGCAAUCGAUGAAAACCACAAUCAACAGCUGAAGGAAUGGAGGGAGAAGCUGAGGCCAAGAAAGAUGGCUUUGGAGGAGGAACUGACCCAGAAGAAGAAAGAUCAGGAGGUUUUCUUCAAACUCAGUGAAGAAGCAGAGUGUCAGAGUCCAAGUUCCCCAAACAAGAUUGCCAAAUUUUUCCCAUUUACCUCCGAACAAGCCUAACUGUUGGCAUUCUAAGGAAGUCCUGGGUAUCACACUGCGGUGCUUGCUUUGACCUCAGGAUUGUAGAGAUGUGAUCAAGCCUUUAAUUUAUAUAUAUUUUUUUAACUUAAAUGCAUUUAACAACAUUUUUUGUUUUGGAAGGGAACGAACUGCUGUAUUUACUACUGAAGUCCGAUUUACAAAAGAAUAAGAUGAGUUACAUGUUCUUGUAUUCACGUGUUCCACAAAAGAAGUCUAUGUACUUGCUGUGAUCGCAAAUGUAUACUGAAUCCUGCCAUGUUAAAAAAAAAUAUUUUUUUUUGUUGAGGGAGGCUUUUGUUUGUUUCUAGGGGACUUUUUGUGCUCUGUUUUCUAAGUUCGGUCUCUGUAUGAUUAGAUAAGGAAAAUGCUGAUUUAUAAAGCAACUUUUUUUAAAAUUAGUUUGUAAUCAAGUCAUUUUUAUUUUUUUCUUAAUAGAACUAGUGAAAAACUUCAUGGGGGAGAAUUCCUGCCCUUGUUAACCACUAUGUAAAUAUAUUGCUAAUAAAACUUAUAACUGGAA